AUGCCCGCUCCAGUAUCAACGCCAAAGGCAAAUGGUGACACCGUGAAUGGACAUGGACCUGUUAAAUCAUCGGCGGCAAAAUCAAGAGGAGCUCUAAAAAGAUUAAAAGCCAAACAAAAAGCUGCUGCUGGCAUAGGGAAGAACGGACAUGAGUCAGCUAGCGAAGCACCAACAGACACCGAGAGUGAUGUUGAGUCUGUGACUUCCACGAGUACGGCUGCUACUUCCAUCGACCUAGCUUUCGAUCCAUCUGAUCCUGCUUAUGCCGCAUUUUCAUCCAUUUUGGCUAAAUUCCAAGGUCAAGAUGUCGAGAACGCUGAAGAUCAACAGCUUGGCGGACCGGCAAAAGGCGAGGUGUAUUAUUCGGACGAUGAAGAUGAUGAUGAGGAGGAUGUCAAGAAAGCAGCUCAAAGGGCUCUGGAUCAAGAAGGGUUGACCAGAAGAGAAAAGAGGAAAGCCGCGAAAUUGACCGUUGCAGAGUUGAAACAGUUGGUAGACCGCCCAGAAGUUGUAGAAUGGUUCGAUUGUGAUGCUCGAGAUCCGAGAACAUUGGUAAACCUGAAAUCGUAUCGAAAUACUGUACCUGUCCCUGGACACUGGAAUGCGAAGCGAGAUUACUUGGCUGGAAAGAGAGGUAUCGAGAAACCUCCAUAUCUUCUUCCUCCAUGGAUCGCGGAGACUGGAAUUGGCGAGCAAAGAGAUGCUAUCAAAGCUAAAGAAGCUGAACAGACAUUACGUCAAAAGACUAGAGAACGGGUACAACCUAAGAUGGGGAAAAUUGAUAUUGAUUAUCAAAAACUACAUGAUGCUUUCUUUAAAUUUCAAACGAAACCAAGUAUGAGCAAGUUUGGCGAAGCAUACUAUGAGGGCAAAGAGCUUGAAACCGAUUUACGGACGAAAAAACCGGGAGAAUUAUCUGAUGAGCUUAUCGAAGCAUUGUCUAUUCCUCCAUUGGCACCACCGCCAUGGUUGAUUGCGAUGCAGAGAUUCGGUCCACCACCCAGUUACCCUAAUCUGAGGAUCCGAGGUCUCAAUGCUCCUAUACCACCUGGUGCUCAAUGGGGUUUCCAUCCUGGUGGUUGGGGUAAACCGCCUAUGGACGACUUUAACAGGCCACUAUAUGGUGACGUGUUCGGUGUGAUGCAGGGUGCCGAAAUAGCCCACCAAGAUCAAAUCGACCGUACACUAUGGGGAGAGAUUGAGCAGCUGGAUGAAGAAUCCGAAGAAGAAGAAUCUGAGGAAGAAGAAGAGGAGGAUGAGGGACCUGCACCUGUACGAUCUGGUAAUGCACCUGCAGACGGAUUAGAAACGCCCUCAGGAUUAGCGACACCCUCGGGAUACAAUUCAGUUGUAUCUACGGUACCUGGGGGAUUGGAAACACCUGACUUCAUUGAUCUGAGGAAAAACACCAGAGCUGAGAGUGAAGAUGUACCUUCUGGGCCGAGAGAACUGUAUCAAGUCAUUCCGGAAAGGGAAACAUCAAGUAGAGGAUUUAUGGGAUCAUCGACAGCGUAUGAUAUCUCGAAUCUUGGCAAAUCAAGUGGACCUGCUGUGUUGGGCGUGGAUGAUGGUGGAAGAAAGCGUAAAGCGGGUGAAGUAGAAAUAUCGAUAUCAGAGGAUGAAGAUCUAACUCAAGAGCAACUGAAAGCCAAAUAUGAGGCAUCAAGAUCACAAGCACAAAAGGUAUACGUGCCAGGUGCUGAUGCUGAUAGAAGUGGUUUCGAAGAUGUCAUGGCUGGAGAAAUGAAAAAGAGACAAAGAGGAAACGAGAAGAAAGGUAAAGAUAAAGCUGAGAAAUUCAAGUUUUAG